AUGCUUAUGUCCGGGCCCGAGUACGUGGGGACGACCGUUAUGGUCCUGGCCUGGUUGCUUUUUGCUGUCUCUGUCGGUAUUGUUGGCACCAGAUACUACGUCCGAUGGAAAAUCGUAGCGAGAUUUACAAUCGACGAUGGACUGAUUUUGAUUGCACUUGCCCUUGCGUUGGGGAAUUCCAUAUUCCUAUCAAUUUCCACUCAUUAUGGGUUGGGGACCCAUAUGACGGAGCUCUCGAAGGAGCAAAUCAUGUAUACGGUGAAAUGGGUAUUCCUCUGUGAAUUUUUCUCCAUCAUGUCGCCCUGUGUGAGCCGUAUCGCCUAUGCGUCUCUGUUGCUGAGCAUCCUACCUCCAAUGAAAUGGCGGAGUAAAGUGCUUUGGGCUUUGAUAUGGAUCCAGUUUGUGGUUGAUGUUGUGUGUGUGGUGAUCAGCUUCAGCCAGUGCCAGCCGCUGAACAAGUUCUGGGACCGUAGUGUCCCAGGCAACUGCUGGUCACCAGUUGUGCAGCAAAAUAUAGGUUUCUUUCAAGGCAGUGUAUGUUCGCUGGUUGAUCUGGUGCUCGCUAUCUUCCCUGCCAGCAUAUUCUGGAACCUGAACAUGGAACUGAAAAAGAAGAUAUCGCUUUCAUUAUUAAUGGGUCUUGGAGUCAUUGCGAUGAUUGCAUCUAUUAUCAAAACUAUUCAACUGCAAGCAAUCACAGCAACAGCGGAUAUCACGUAUGCCAUGGCUCAUCUUGCUACCUGGUGGACCCUGGAAGCAUAUCUUGUCAUCAUCGCAACCUCUAUACCCACCCUAAAGCCCAUCGUGUCAAGGAAACGAGACGGCUCGAGCAAGAAGUCGAAUAUCAGUGAGAGUCACCAGGCUCACAGCAAACAGUUCGAAAGAACCGAUGACUCAAAGCUCCUGGAGCGAAGCUAUGGCUCAAGGCACAGUACCCCGAGUAACGGUGAUGUAUAUGUCAUGGAAGAAGGCCUCAAAUCGGGCGGCUAUAGCUCGGAAGAGAUAGAAGGAAUAAAGAAGGAGACAACUAUCGGUGUCAAGUAUGAAACCGCUACUCAUAAUGACCAGAGAGCGUCGAUGGGGGUUGGUUUUGAAUAG